AUGUUGCCGCAAGUACAUAUGCACCAUAUGGUGCAACAACCGCCAAACUUCGAUGCUCUUCCAACUCAGCAACAGCAGCGGCAGCAGCAGCAGCCGCAGAGCCAUCUACAACACCAGCAGAACCAGUACCACCUCUCUCAACCCAACGCCUAUUCUUAUGAUCAGCAUCUACGCCGCUUGCCGGCCGACCCUACAAACCCCCAGUACUGCAACGGCAAAACUCCAAGAUCCAUCCCGAUCCAUACUUCACACCCAAACCAAUCUUUCCAGCGUCGAGCUGCCACCGUCGCUGGGCAGUCUCAUUUCUCCGAUGGUCCCGAGCAUCAAUUACGACGCAAGACACCGAACGGUACCGUCGACGCGGGCUAUGAUGGCUCUCUCACACACUUCGCCUCGGGGCCACCACCCCUAAAGCAAAUGAUACUGCCCGCCGCGCCAACAGCCUACAGCGCGAACCGCCUUUACCCCACCACAGACCCGAACCGCCUUCCUAGAUUGACACAUGUAACUCAGAUCCGCAGUGCUAAGAAUGCCUUGCGCGAUCGGGUGGGCGAUGGCUUCAACGUGCCGCCUCCAGCCCAACAACAAUGGUCACUUGGACAGGAUAUGGCACACCAGUCAUUGCCUACCGGCAAGCUUUCCGAACCUCGCCUCAUCCCGGGCUCUUCAUUGCAUGACUUCAGUACACCAGAAAUGUCCGCGUUCCUCGGCUCUGCUUCUCAGCUUCGCCCAAGGCCUGGGAUGUUCACUGCCGGAUCCUACUUCCCGGGGGCCCUUCCUGCGGAUGAUGCCGGUGCCAUCACUCCUGGACUUCUGCAGUCAGCAAACCCUUGGUUCUCGACGUACCAGCACCCGCAGGGGCAGAGCUUUGUGGGUCCCCCGGUGCAUCAUACGCCGUCGCCAUCACCGUCGAUGUACGACUGCCGCUUCUCUAAUAUGCAUAAUCAAAUGCUAGGACCAUUGGCUAACCUCACCCUGCCGCAUCCUCACACCCACUUUUCGAACUACGGUUCGGGCUUCCUGCAGCCGGCCCAGUUCAAUUUGGAGGCUCUAACCCUAGAAACGCCCCAAGCUAUCAGUGCAAAUGGUACAAUGAACCAGCCAAACCCAUUGGGAGGGUUUAGAGAAAAGGUGCUCGCUCAAGCACAUCGGAGCUAUGUCGAUCUGCUUGCAUAUCUUCAUCACGGGCGGAAAACUCAGCAACUCAGGCCUGGUUCAGCCUUGAGCACUACGUCGAGAAUGGUGGUAUAUCCCAAACCACCUAAACAGCCAAUCGUUACUUUAGCCCCAAACCUGUUCUUCCCUGGAGAUGCCACUAUGAUAGCCAACGCCAACCUGACAAGUAACCAGGGCAACAUGCUGGUUGGAUCUUCAGGGAGCAAACCUCCACUCACGUCUCAAUCAUUCGGCUGGGACGGCGGUAUGGCGGAGUUCAGGAGUGGGUCCUUUCCUGUCGCGAGCUCAGGUGGCUCACUAUUUCCAAAUCAGCUUUCGAGGGGCUCACCUCUCGCAAAUGCCAAGAGCUCUUUGGAAAUUCUAAGCCAUCUCUGUGAGCAGAGUGACUGGAAGUGGAUUGACGGCGUACUACUCGGAGGCUGUUUGCACUAUGGCUUAGAGCAUUUUGAGGAGGCUUUAGAAUGGUUUGGCCGUAUUACUUCACUAGAGCCCAGCCACGUAGAAGCUAUUUCUAACAUGGCGGCUACUCUUUACUGUCUCAACAGACAAGAUGAGGCCGAAAGGUGCUGGCUCAAGGCAAUCAAGACUCGACCGCAAUAUCUCGAGGCUGUGGAGCAUUUAGUCGGUCUCCUUUACAAGAAGAAGAGCCUCGACGCCGUGGAUGUCAUUGGCUUCGUACAAAAAGCCUUGAGACUGCCGGUGGAUUCAAUGGAGCAUACUGCAUCCAGGUCCUCUAAUACUCCAGCAGAUGUAUUAGGCAAGCCGGCAUUGAUCUCUUUGCACGAAAACCAGUCUCAACCUGGAUUUGGCUCGAGUGGUUAUGCCAUUCCUGGCACUGAGAAUGGCCGCAUCCUCGCCCUUGUUCAUGCCAAAGGAACAAUGCUAUACAGCCAGAAGGACAUUGCGGGAGCGUGCGAGGCUUUUGAAGAAGCAGUGUUGAUAAGCACCGGCAGGCGAAUGACCUCAGUCCACAGACUUGUGCGGCAGAUUCAACAGGUCCUUGCUCCAAAUAGCGGUAUUCAGGGUAUUACUGACACGGUAAGCUCAUCUCGUCCUUUGCUGUUGCCUCCUGAAAAAGCGAGGCGCACCGCAAAAUUGGUCUUCUCCAACAACGGCGACCUCCCGGGCCUGAAAUUUGUCCCCGAGGGUGGCCCUAAACGAGCGGCCAUUCAAACCACGAGCAAUUCGUUACUGUCGCUUGCCAAGAUAUUUCAGGAUGCCAUGUCGUCGGGGUCCCCAGCAACGGGCCUUGCUAGGAAGUCAACCGGAGUUGGCGAUAUCCUGGCUCUUUACUAUCUAUCAUUGUCCUUGCAAGAGAGCCCCUCUACUGCCAACAAUGUGGGCAUCCUGCUCGCAAGCGUCCAACAAACCGCAACGGCCACCUCUCCCGGGACACUGUCGUCUCUGCCCAACAUCCCCGGUAUCCCGCCCGGCAGUGGACUUGCUCUGGCUCUCGCAUACUACAACUAUGGCCUCACCCUGGAUCCCAAGCAUGUUCACCUGCACACUAAUCUUGGCAGUCUUCUCAAGGAUAUUGGACAACUCGACCUCGCGAUUCAAAUGUACGAACAGGCCGUUCAGUGCGACGGCAACUUCGACAUUGCUUUGACGAAUCUCGCCAAUGCUGUAAAGGAUCGCGGACGCAUCAGCGAUGCCAUUGCAUACUACAAACGGGCUGUUCGCUCCAAUCCGGACUUCGCCGAGGCGGUUUGUGGGCUUUCCACAGCUCUAAAUUCAGUGUGCGACUGGAGGGGCCGUGGCGGCGCCUUGUUGCAGGGUGGUCUGUACGAUCGUUGGCAUGUCGAUGAUGAUGGCAUGAUCUUUGAUGCCACGAAGCAGGAUCAAGGGUCCGGUCUCACGAAGAAGGUUAUUGACAUUGUGUCUCGCCAACUUGCUGAUGCUUCGGCCUGGGGACUAGGAGUUCUGCAAGAGAGUGACCUUGCGGCUUUGGUCCCGCUGCUUUCUAGAGCCUCAGGUCAGCCGGCAAGCACAGGCAUAGACUUUGACCUCAAGUUGCGAAGCUGGUCUAAGAGACCCUGGGAAGGCUCGCGGCUGGUAAGGCUGAUGGAGCGGGCUACGCGCGCACUAAUGCGGCAGUGGUACUGUGAUAAGUAUGUUCAAGGACUGGAGACGGCAUCUGAAUACAAACGACCUCAGCUACCAGCCAAUCUCACGUUGCCAUCCGCCCCGACGGUUCUGCCUUUUCACACCUUCACUUGUCCUCUGACGGCCAGGGACAUCCGUAUGAUAUCUCAGCGCAACGCCUUUAGGAUCUCUUGUUCAACACUCCGCUCCCCAUGGCUACCCAGCACGGUCUAUCCGCCUCCGCCUCCACCAUCGCCUCAUCUAAACAUUGGCUACGUAUCCUCGGAUUUUAACAACCACCCCUUAGCCCACCUAAUGCAAUCUGUUUUCGGGUUUCAUGACACAACUCGAGUCAAGGCAUUUUGUUACGCUACAACAGCGAGUGACAAGUCAAUCCACCGCUUGCAGAUCGAGCGGGAGGCACCGGUGUUCCGAGAUGCAAGUAAUUGGACUUCCGAUAAGUUGGUUGAACAGAUUGUGGAAGACAACAUUCAUAUCCUUGUCAAUCUCAACGGCUAUACCAGAGGCGCUCGCAACGAAAUCUUUGCUGCAAGGCCGGCUCCAAUUCAGAUGUCGUUCAUGGGCUUUGCCGGAACGCUGGGCGCCGAAUGGUGUGACUAUCUACUUGCGGACACCACUGCCAUCCCGCCCGAAACCUUACGGCCUUGGCGUGGCAACCUCACCGUCGGCGAUGUCUUUGAGGACAAGACUGAAGAAGGCGAUGGCGAUUGGAUGUAUUCGGAGAACAUCAUUUACUGUCGAGACACGUUCUUCUGCUGCGACCACGCGCAGUCUAGCGACCCUGACGAACACAAGGUGUCGUGGGAAGACGAGCAGCGGCGGCGUUGGAAGAUGCGCAAGGAAUUGUUUCCCGACUUGCCCGAUGAUAGUAUCAUCAUGGGAAACUUUAACCAGCUAUACAAGAUUGACCCUACAACAUUCCGUACAUGGCUGCGCAUCCUCUCGAAGGUGGACAAUGCUAUUCUAUGGCUUCUGCGGUUCCCCGAACUUGGAGAGACAAAUCUUAGGAGGACCGCGGAAGCCUGGGCAGGACUAGAGGUUGCCAAACGAAUCGUCUUCACCGACGUAGCGCCCAAGAACCAGCAUAUAUCCCGAGCGCGCGUCUGCGACCUGUUUCUCGACACUCCCGAGUGUAACGCGCAUACUACGGCUGCAGAUGUUCUGUGGUCCAGCACGCCACUUCUGACAUUACCGCGGUACCCGUACAAGAUGUGUUCGCGUAUGGCAGCUUCAAUAUUGCGGGGCGCAUUGCCAUAUGGCCCCAAAGGUGUUGAGGCAGCAGAAGACCUCAUCGCUGGCAGUGAAGAUGAGUAUGAAGAGUUCGCUGUCCGACUGGCAAAGGGCCUCUCGUAUCGCAUCAGUCACGGCGGCUACGGUGAGGGCCAGGGCCGCCUGGCAACUUUGCGCAAAUUGCUUUGGGACAGCAAGUGGUCAUGCGCUCUCUUCAACACAAGACGGUGGGUGGCUGACCUUGAGCGUGCUUAUGAUGAGGCAUGGCGACGCUGGGUGACAGGUGAAGAUGGAGACAUCUACCUGUAG